AUGAAUCAAAUGCCGCUGGGUUUUGCACCGCAACCGCCACGAAACCAUUUUCAAAGUGAAAGUUCUCAUCCUUUCAUUCCGACGACGACGACCACAACAGGCUCGACAUCAUUCCCACACUCGAACUUGGUGUCUACAUUGAAUGAUCAUCCUUCCUCAACGAUGCAUGCUCCUUCGAUACAUUAUUCGUCCACAUCGACAGCAAUUCCCUAUUAUCAUCAGCAACAACAAUUCCAUCAUUCCUUUCCUGUUGGGGUCUCUAGUCAAAAUAAUUGUGAAAUGAACCAUCCGACUCGAAAUCAUUAUGGAUAUUCUGUACAGUAUUAUUAUCCUCAACAAGGAACGUCUCAACAGCACCAACAUUUACACACCCAACCACCUUCGUGGUCAUCGUCCUCGACAGCUCUUGCUUAUCGAACGCCGACCACAACAGUCAUGCAUUCGGACCGAACAAAUCCACCACCGAAUUUAUCGAAUGCUCAACAAGUUGAAACAGUGAAUCAAGUUGUGAUGCCUUCUUCAAUUCAACAAUAUCAUUAUUCAAAGAUCCCACAAAUUCCAACUAAUUCUUCCUCACAACCACCAUCACAACCAAUGAACAACAUGGUUAAUAAUUAUCAUCAUGAAGCAAAGCCUGUGGUAGUAUUGAAUACUGAACCGAAUGUGAAAAAUGGAUAUUACAUGUCACAACAACCCAUUUCACAACCCAUUCCACAUACUACACCUUCAACAUGUAAUUUCACAACGAGCCAAUAUUCAACAGUCAGUAAUCAGCAACAAAAAAAGAACAAUACGAAUUCAGAUAGUGUGACACUCUCAAAAAUUAGUAACCAUUUCGUUCGCACAACACAAGCAUCCUCUGGUGUGUCAUCAACUCAACAACAACCUUAUCAAUCGAGCAUGACACAACGAUCCUCAAUUUCUCAACCUAUCAAUGACUAUGAUAGUACAGUUUCGAAAAGCUCGUUCAUGUCUCGAUUGAAAACAAUCAAACCUAUCAAGAAACCUGUGACAAAUACCCGUUCUGAGAUUGAUAAUCAUCAUAACGAAUACAUACGUUCUAUAUUUCAUGAAACAUUUAACAAGGUGGAUUAUCAUCAUCGUUCAUUGACUAGAAACAAGAGUGUGACACCUCAAUUAUGUGAAACUCUUCACAGAAACGCGUUAUUAAGAAAUUAUGAGGAAAAUCAAUCUUGUAGUCAACAACCACCACCACCAGUGAGUAGUAGUAGUAGUCAAAAUUCCCAAACUCAUCUGUCCAGCAUACGCUCUUCUAUACCAACUCCAAUGGUACCACAAAUUCCAUCUCAAUCCAUCUCCAUCGAAACUCCACAAGCGGCAAUAUCAUAUUCAGAGAGACAAGUACCCAUAUCACAAGCGACAAUAUCAUAUUCAGAGAGACCCAAAGUACAUCAAAUGUCCAAUGUUCAAACAAUGUUGACUCACAAUUCUGUUCAGCAACAAUUGAAAUCCGUGUCACCACUCCCAUCUCAAGCAGUAACAACAACCACCGAGUCAGGAACAUUUCACAACAUUUUUGUGGAUUCACAACGAAAUGCUAUCCAUGACCUUAAUACUAGUUCACAACGAAAUACUCAAACUGGACACCUUAAUUCAUCAUCUUCUGUCCAUAGCACCUCCUUUAAUCAUCAACCAGUGAACAACACCAUCAACAACAACAUCCAUCACACUGACCUUUCUAGUGCUCUCAUGAAUCAUUCUCAAAUGUCCAAUACUUGUUUUAGAAAACCAAAUCAUCGUCUCUCUCAGCAACAUCUCAUGGCCCCACCACCUUCACCACUCAUUUCUAGGUCCUUUUCCUCAACGAACAACUUGAUGAUUGCAACAACUAGUAUCACUCCACAUGCAUCACCGAAAGAACAAGUGAUGAUCACAAAUUCUUCUCAACUUUUAUCCGUGUCACCUUAUCCCUCUUCGAAUGAAAUAAUUGUUUUUAAUUCUUCUCCUCAAACACCGAAAACGAUUCAUUCCACUCAGCAUCAAGUUCACAACAUGGACUCGUUAUCAUCUCAUCAAUUGCAACAGAAAACUCCUCUUCAACCCAUUCCACUCAAUUUCCAAUCCAUUAUUCCAGGAUCCUUGUCACCUUCUCCUCCAAAACAAUCGUUCUCUCCUACUGUGAGUGGUGGAACUAUUGAGGAUCAAAGAAUUCGUCAUUCUCAAAGAAUAUCGUCGCCUGCUGUCACAAGUCAGCAAGUCGAUUCACACAACCAGGUUCAACAUGAACAACACUAUUCAACCAUUAUGAUUCCUACUCCUCCAUUGACCACCACGACGACUGUCUUGCCACAAGAAUAUGGUAUGAUUGAAAACACUGUUUCAGGAAUGGAACAUUUUCAUCAGCAUGCUCAACGACAUCAUUCAAUGAUCAAUGACAAUAUUAAGGCCACAUUGGAAACGUGUCCCAACACUUUCAAUCAUGCCACUACUACUACUCGUAAUGGUGUGGAGUUGAAUAAUGCUACUACUACUACUCGUCAUGGUAUAGAGUCGAAUUCACAGUUGAAUCAAGCUCGAGAUGCGACAUGUCAUCCCAACUUUUCAUCCACUUGUGUGACACUCUCAUCGAAUGGUAUCAUUGCACAACAACAGCCAAUGGAUCAAGUUGGAUCUUGUCGUCUUUUGAAUCAUGCACUUCCAUCAUCCAUUUCAACCAUGCCAGCGUGUGAAAUGAAUCAUGAAAUUUCGAACACUCAUACUCGUGCAAGUGACAUGCAUGACCUACCUUCAUCGUCAUUACUCGUAGCAUCACAACAAAUACCUUUAAAUUCUGAAAGAUUAUCGACAUUUGUUGAACUUGAAUCGAGAAUGAGUCAUCCACCUGUUGAAAAUCAUCACACCACUACCAAUACUAGUACUACAAGAUUACAGAUGAAUUCCAAUCGAAUUUGUGAUGGUUCUUUCACACCACCAAUUCCUGAUGAACAAGAUGUGCAAGUCAUUUCUGACACAAAUAGUCAAGACGAACAAGAUUAUGGUGAAUUGUUCUUCAAGAAUGAAAAAUAUAGACAAGCAUUAAGAUUGGAAUUGAGGGAAUUAAGAACACUUGUACAUGGCAUUUCAGAAAAUUCUACAAGGAAUCUUUCCAUUUCCAAAAAUUACAAGAAUCGAGCUUAUCGAUCCAGUUGGAUCAACAAGACCAAAGAAGGACCUGUAAUUUUUCUCAAAAGAGAUGGUCAUUAUUUGAAAAGGUGUAAAUGGAUCAAACAAUUGCAAAGAAGAACAUUGGAUUCUGGAAAUGGUAACUCUUCAAAAUUGUUGACAGCAGCAACAUCCUCAACAACACCUUCGACACCAGUUCAUUCCAAGUCACGACAGUCAUUUCAUCAUCAUGGAAAACGACCGAAUUCAGAAUUCUCUACGACCACACCUUUGCCUUCACCCAUGGUGAGUCCAAUUGUUGCCAAUGCCUCUGCUGUACAACGAUUGAGUCUUCACGAUAUGGAUGGUGAUGAAGAUGUCCCUCUUUUAAACCAGUUAACGAGAUUGGAUAAUCCAAACACAACGGACUCUUGGGUUGAAUUUGAUUUAUUAUUGGAGGUACCUGAUGGUUCAUCAACAUCGACUCCAUCCAAACAACAGAAAAAACCCAAUAAUGAAUUGUCUGACAUGUUGAAAGGUUAUUUCUAA